AUGCCUCACGGCCGACAAUCCACAAAGCGCUCACAAAACGGACGGCAAACUUUCAGCUCUCGGUUAGCGAUCCGGACGCCCAAGUAUGUUAUUCAGAGCACGUUUGGCGAUUUUUGCCGAUCCCGCGAUCUGCCAUGUCAGGCAAUCGCAUCUGCGACACGGCGAACAAACCACCAAGUCCCUUCAUCGUCUGAGACGACCCAGUCGGCUUCUUUGGAAAACCAGCCCACCACUUCACCAGACUUUAGCAAAGACUCAAUUCACAGUCUUGAAAACAACAAUGGCCACUCUACGUACUGCAUCGGCCCUGCCGCUGAACAAGACUCCCACCUCCUCGACACAUUCCGCUAUGCUAUUCUCAACGAGGGUCAUUCCGUAGACGGAAGCGUCGUCCCCAUAUACCCUGGGACACAAAACACCAAAGAUCGCCCCGUACAUUUCCUAUUCCUCACUGUAGAGCACACCGAGGCCGCAACACGUUCCAGAAUAGCAUCUUCAGAUGCAAUCGAGGCGCUGGUUGGGCCGCAUGGCGACGCCCUAGUACGACUCUACCUGAAGCACAUCCAUCCCGUAUUCCCAAUCCUCCCAAAGGUACAUUUCUUGAAAAAAUACGCAACAGAUAGAAACAGCGUGCCGGCAUGUCUCCGCGGUGCAAUAUACGCAACCGCAUCAGUCUUCUGGAAAGACGAGCCUUCACUCAAUGGCCCUUGCCCAUUCGAACAGCACCAGAUCUUGGAUCAUGCGCACGCUUCAUUGCGAAGGGAGAUUGAGAAUCCGAACUUGUUGUCAGUAACGGCGUGUCUUCUCCUCAUACAUGCUACGCCGCCGGAGAUGGAUACCGUCGAAACGCCAACGACUUGGACUCUUUCCGCGCAGGCGACUGCCGCGGCACAGUUAAUCGGGCUGCAUCAGGAUCCAGGGGAGUGGAAAAUACCACAGGAUGAGAAACACAUGCGGCGUAAGCUGUGGUGGGCGACGUACGUUACUGAUUGCUUAGCUUCUGUUAGUUAUGGCAAUCCGCCGCACAUUGGGGCUGGGACAUUUAGUACCAUGGAUUUGAGUAUGGAGGAUGUGCGGUGUAAUGAAGAUGUCCCAGCAGAGUUGAGAUAUCUCAUCGACGAUAGCGACGGGGAGUUUGACGUGUCAACGGGAGCGAGGUUUUUGGAGCUUGUCAGGGUAACGAUGAAGCUGAGGGCGAUUCUGGACUCGAGUUUUCGUAUUAGUCCUACAGGGGACGUGCCCAGCAAGUCCGCCAAGAAAGAACUCGUCGACAUUCAAAGACAGCUACGAGAAUGGGAAAGUCUAAGACCAUCCUGUCUCAACCUACAACGACGGAAACCCCAAAGUUCUUCAUAUAAUUGCCCAAUCCACAUGGUCGUAUACGCAACCAAAGUACUCCUCUACCGCGCCCUCAUGCACCCUGCCACACGACACGCCAAAACAACACCCGGCUCAAACCUCAAAAUAUGGUUCUCAGCAGCCCUUUCUGAAUUCGAAGCCUUUACCGAAUAUCUUUCAUCCAUUACAGCCGCCGAUCUAAAUGGUUUCUGGGGAAGACACGCCCGCUCCCAACUCGUCUCGUGCGCCAAUUUCCUCAUCUACCUAUUCCUCAUGGCCAGCGAAAAGAAAGACGUGGAAAGAGCGUACGCCCUCCUCGAGGACUUUGCCACCGCGGCAGAGGGGCUAAAAGCCGUUGCGAGCUUUGAGGCGAAUAUCUUUUUGAGGCCUGCUUCUCUUCGAGUUGAGUCGUUUUUUGCGCAGGCCGCUGAGAUUAUGAGGAAUGGACAUGGGGGCGAUAUUCCUUGA